AUGAAUUCAACAAAUAUUUGGAAAAAAAGAUUGAGUAAUGAUAAUAAAAAUAAAAAAGUGUCAAGUGGAAUUCUAAAUCGUCCUCAAUUCAAACGAAAACAAAAAAGAAAUUUAUCGAAUUUGUUCAAAGAAAAUCUAAUAACAAAUUGGAUUGAAAAUGAAGGUGAUGAUGAAGAAAGUGAAUCAUCAUCAAUUGAUUGGAAUAUUUUUCAUAAAAAAUGUCAAAUAAAAACAACUGAGUGUGACGAAGAUAGUCUUCAACUUGAUAAUCUUCAAUAUUUAUCAACAAUGAAACAUAUUAUUUUUCUUGAUUUAGAUAAUUUUUCAAGAUUUUUUCAACAUUUAACAAAUCAAAUACCUCAUCAUAUUUAUAUUAUUGCUUUUCAAGGUUCAAAUAUUCGAUGGAAACCACCGAAAAAUAAUUUUAUUUAUGAAAAUUUAUUAAAUUCAAAUAAUUUUCAAUUAAUGUAUCCAAGUGGAAAUCGACACGAUGCUGCAGAUUUUGCUCUUGUUUUAACUUUUGGUAAACUUCAUGGUCUUCUUUCGAAAUCAAUUUCAUUUACAAUUAUUAGUGGUGAUAAAGGUUUUAUUGAAAUAAUUCAUCAAUUAAAAAAUUCUAAUCGAAGAAUUAAUUGGUUUAAUCCUCAUCAAUUUUCAUUCGAAAAUUUUAAUCAGAUUUUAAAUAUUACAUCAAUAUAA